AUGCAGAUGACUUCUACUCCCUGGAGGGCCAUGAGGCUUCGGAAUACUUUACUCUGUCUGCUGGCACUCACAGUGUCUGCACAGAAUGAGUCACGGAUUAUCGGGGGUCAAGAGUGCACCAAGUACGCUCAGCCUUUCCAGGUCAUCCUCUCCAAUAGCAGGAAAAAUGGCCCCGAUGUUCUAUGCGGUGGUGUGCUCAUAGACAAGGACUGGGUGCUUACCGCCGCCCACUGCAAUCAACAGGGGGAGAUUCACACACGAAUGGGGGAUUACAGCCUCCGGGCCAACGAAGGAACUGAACAGUGCAUCGUGUCGGCGGAGAAAUUCCCACACCCGGCCUACAACCCCACCACACAUGACAGUGACAUCAUGUUGAUACAGCUGCGCAAUCCUGCCAAUAUCAAUCAAAAUGUCAGGCCUAUUGAAGUGGCCACCGAAUGUGCUAAGCCGAACACUCUGUGCGAGGUGUCGGGCUUUGGUACCAUCAAGACCCCUCAAUCAGAGUUCCCCGACGUCCUGCAGUGCGCGCAGGUCUACACCAUAUCGAAUGAAGAAUGCAACCGAGACUAUCCGAAUUCCAUCACGGAAAACAUGCUGUGCGCCGGCGUGCGCGGAGGCGGUGUGGAUUCCUGCCAGGGCGACUCCGGUGGUCCUCUGGUGUGUAACAAUAAACUCCAAGGCAUUGUCUCCUGGGGGAUGCAGAUCUGUGCAACAGCUGGAAAGCCUGGCGUCUAUACAAACAUCUGCCGAUACACCGACUGGAUUCACCACACCAUCCAAAGGAACUCAGGCAAAAGGGCUGCGUACAAUUGCUAG